GCCCCCUCGACUAGUUCAUGUGUGUUUCUCCCUUCAUGUCUCUCUCUCUCUCUCUCUCUCUCGUAUAUUAAUCACCUCACGCACUCACUUCAUAAACACUCCAUUUUCACUUUUCAUCUCUCUCCUACUCACAAAUAUUUAGAUUCUUCCUAGACAUGCCUCUAACCUGCGCCGCCGCUGACCCCGCCGUCUCCGGCGCCGGCGAGAUCAUGCUCUUCGGAGUGAGGGUCGUGGUCGAUUCGAUGAGGAAGAGCGUGAGCAUGAACAACCUCUCGCAGUACGAGCACCCUCACGACGCCUCAAACAACAAAGAAGACACUCUCGCCGCCGGCUACGCCUCCGCCGACGACGCCGUUCCUCACGGCUCCGGCAAGCAUCGUGACCGCGAGCGCAAGCGAGGGAUUCCAUGGACGGAGGAAGAGCACAAGCUAUUCUUGCUUGGAUUGCAGAGAGUGGGGAAAGGUGAUUGGAGAGGGAUAUCAAGGAACUACGUGAAGACGCGGACGCCAACGCAGGUUGCUAGUCAUGCUCAGAAGUACUUUCUCCGCCGUAGCAACCUCAAUCGCCGUCGUCGUAGAUCCAGCCUCUUUGACAUCACCACCGAUUCGGUCUCUGCAAUCCCGAUGGAGGAAGAUUAUGUCUCUCGUUUGCAUCCCAUGUACCCUGCAACCCCUGAAAGCAGCCACGUGAAUGGAUUUCCAUUGAUGCCCAUGUAUCCAAUGGGUGUUGUUUCUGGAGUCACUUCAGUCCAAGUUGGGAAUCCAAUGGAAAAUCUCUCUUUGGGACAAGGAAAUGUGGAACAGAAUGAGCCAACCAAGCUAGUAUGUACAAUUCCUGUUGUUCCAGAUCAUAAAGCUUCUACAGUGUCUGAUAUCACUGCUAGUUUGAGUUCAGCUGUUGACCCACCAACACUGUCCCUCGGGCUGUCCUUGUCAUCUAGUCAAAGACAAACAUCAUCAAGACAUUCAGCUUUACAUGCAAUGCCGUGUUUCAAUAAUGGAGAUAGCAUCAUAAGCGUUGCUUGAGAAAGAUAACAUGUGAUUGUGGUCCAUAUCUAGAGCAACUUGUAUUCAUAAAAAUGUUUGCAUCUAAUUUACUGCCACUUUUGGUGGGAGCAAGAAUAAGAUGUUAAAGGGUUAGAGAAGGCAAGGUAAUAAGUGACCAGAUUUUAUCCUUUCGUUCGUUGUACAGACCCAGGAAAAGUCCUGGCAUGUUCUUCUUGUUUGCUUGGUACGACCUGAGUUUAUUGUUUGUUGGGCCUUUUACAUUUAUAGUAGAUAUAACUGAAAAUAACGAAGUACUUUCUGAUAAUUACUGAUUAUUCUGGA